CUGUUUUGGAACAAGGCAAAUGGGGGACAAGAAGAUGAAGAAGAAAGAGAAAAUCACCCCCAAAAAAGACGUCCGCCGGCGGCCCGGGACGUCAAGCCGGAAUCCGAACAUCCGAUCCUCCCAAUCACCGUCCGUGAAAAAGACAGGCGACGGCGGGAGGUUAUACGUGUCAACAAAUCGGGAUCGGGCGUGGUCACCAAGUCAUGGGUAGUCCAAUCUUCCUCCUCUUGCAACCUUAAUCAGCCGCAGCGUAAGCAUUCGUGGCCUCAGCUUGUCCUAAUCGACAUCCCUCCCGAAAUUCGAACAACCGACGUUCCCGAUAAAUACAGCCUCAAGGGGUUUUUCCAUCAACGCCAAUCGACAUUGUAUUCUAUCGAUGAAUUCCUUCGCUGGGGCCCGGAAUACCGUCUGCGCAGGGACAGCACUGUACACUUCAGACGCACUGGGAGCUCCGAGGUCUCCCGAUUCGCCUUCGUCAUAACCGGCCUUACUAAACCGGCUUUCUCAUUCCCAAAAGAAGUCAUCGAAUAUUGCAGGGGCUAUGUGUUGAAAAUGAAGAACUGCACGGUUAUCGAGCCUUUCUCAACAACCGACCAUCAAUACAUGGAGUUCACAAACCUUACCGGCCACCGAGGGCAAUUCUACGCCAUUAGCCGGCAGGGCAGCCUCGCGGUUAUCGAGGAUAGGGAUGGUUCGGGGGAUUACGAAAUUACCCGUUUGGGGAAAAAUCGAGCUGUCCCUAAUAAGGCAUGCCAGCACUUUAGGGAGCAUUUGACUUCGGUGAAUGUGGUGGAUUACGUGGAGGUUUUGGGGCUGGAUGAGUCGAGUCUGUGUUGGAAGAAAGUCGAGAAGCUUCCGGAUGAUGCCGUGUUUUUCGCGGAGGACAAGUGUUGCUUGGGGGUCUCGGCGAGUAUAUUCGGGUGCAAAAGGGGGGAAAACUGCGUGUACUUCACGUACGAGAGGGCCGAUACUUGGUUUUGUUUCGACAUGAAAACGAGCCGCAUUUCGGCUACUGAUGGACCCGUGGACGAUCUUGAUUAA